AUGAAGAAGAAACUAUGUGUACUUCUGAUACUUCUGGCUGUUGUCGAUAUUGCAAACGCUGGAAAUUAUUCAUUAAACUAUGAAGAAAUCGAUGGAAGAACGUAUUGUCACGUUAAAAGCCCCACCACCCAAUCCUUGGUAGUGCUUGUCAAUCGCGAUGAGUUUGUGUGGAACUGCACGAGUCUGUCGUCGAUGACAAUUUUUGCGGUGAAUUGGUCGCAAGACGACAUUAAUUCAUUGUUCUCGGAAUUUGAAUAUCUAUACAAGGUCCAAUUGUCGAUUCACGCGACUACCGCCGAAAUCAUCGAUUUUUCAUCAUUGAAACAAGUGGACGAUUUUUUAUUGAGCGUCAUGGAUAAUCCGAAGCUGAAAGAUAUUGUGGUACCCGAUGAAUUGCUAAGCUUUAAGGGAGCUCGAGAUAUUGUUAUGUUUGGAAAUCCGCUGAUGAGCGAUGGGACUAUUGCGAUUUUCAAGAAACUCUGCACCGGGCUGUGUCGAUUGCAUGGGGCGAAAGAGACGAAAAUGGUGUUGGAACAUCAACAAAGACCCGGCACCGGCCUUCGCGACGAAUUUUGCCUGUUCAGUUCCUCGGCUGACGUUAAUAUGAUAUUCGAAGAUGGCCUAGGCGGAGUGAAGACAUGCCAUUACAAGCCGACCCCCGACAUUAUGGGCUGCACAAGAUUGGAAGGCGUUAAAGUAAUAAUGGUGGACUGGUCGGUGGACGACAUCGUCAAAUUCACGUCGAACCUUGAAGCGGCGCAUUAUGUUUCAUUGAUCAUUGCGAAUUCGGACGUCGAUACGCUCGACUUCACCUCGAUGGCCUUCUCGUCGAUGGUUCAUAUUGUUUUGGUUAACAACAAGAAGCUCCAGAACAUCUACUUUUCCGACAUUGUUCGAAACACGCCGAAAUUCCGAAACUACACUUCUGUUGAAUCUUUCGACAAUCCGCAAUUGAGCCUGAAAAGCACCGAGCUGCUCAAAUUGUUCUGCUCGAUGGGUUGCGGUAUUGAAGAUGCGAUUAUUCCAAGCGAGGAGCCGAAAACGACAAAAAAGCCGACGACGUAUGUGCCACUGAUCCUUGGAUCAAACACGGAGGAGCCGCCGCCGCCGUCGCUUCCGCCGCCUCCACCACCACCACCACCAUCCGUCCCACAGGAAACCAACAAGCCGAAUCCCGAGACGCCCGUCGAGUCGCCGCUGACAACCAAUAAACCAGUUGGCGGACCGGCGACGAUGGCUGUCGAAUCGCCGAAGAACAAUCACUAUGUUGAAGUUGAGUACACGAUUGAAUUUGAUUAUUCCGCCUCGCCGUCGAUUUUUGUCGCAUUUUUAUUAAUUACCAUUUAUUUUUUGUAG